AUGCAAACAGUUAAUGUAAAUACAGAAAUGUUGGAAGGAGAGAAAGAAAUUCCUCUACAUUCCCCAACAAUUGGAAAUAUAUCAUCUUCAACUCCUCCUCAUUCCCCACACUCUCAUUUAACAAAUUGUAUUUUUGCUAAUAACAAAAGUUAUUCUUCAAUGAUUCGUCCCUCAAGUUUGGGUGGUUACCCAGAAAGAAUGCCCUUUUCUUCAUUUAUCCGCUCAUUUCAUUGUUUAUUGAAGAACAAAGAAUUUAUUGAAAAAAAUUGUGAAGAAAAGGAAGAGAAUAUUAAUAAUAAUUCAAUUACUGAUCGAGAAAAUGUCAGAAGGAUAUUAAAAAGGGCAGGUAUUGCAGAGCAUCGUUACAGGCUUGGAUUGUCACAGAUUUUGUUACAAAGAGAACUCCUCGAAGAGUUAGAGAAUAAACGUUCUGUUGUACUACUACCUAUUUUGAGUGUAUUUCAGGUGGAUAAUAUAUUUUAA